AUGACCUCGAUAUUUACACAGAAGGAACCGAAAAAGAAGUAUUUGAUUAAGUACCACGUGUACUUUGACAACUUUUUCUCUAAUCCAGACCUAAUGAUACAUUUGAAGAAGAAUGGUUUAUCAUCAACAGGCACUGUCCGGCAGAAUCGCGUGAAAGAGAAGGUCGAAAUGCCAAAAAAAGCUGAAAAAGGAACCACUAUUUCUAAGCAUGAAGCAAAUUCAGGGUUGAAUUUCAUUACGGUAAUGGAUUCCAAACCCGUAUCGAUUCUCUCAACUAAAUAUGGGGAUGAACCGAAAGUGGUAAUGCAAAGAUGGCAGGAAUCGUCGAAAAAUUCCAUUCUUUUCCCUCUUUCUUUUUGCAUGUACAAUCAACACAUGGGUGGUGUCGAUCUCCACGAUCAACACUGUAAUGCUCUGAUGCCUUCGAUAAGAGGUAAAAAAUGGACAUGGUGUCUUUUUAUGCGACUUAUUCAAGCAUCUUUAGCAAACGCUACGGUGAUUUACAAUAAACUCCAUCCGGAUGAAAAGAAAGUUUCCAAAGAUAUUGUUCAAGAAGUUUGUGAAUAUUACAUUCAGAAGCUAUCAUCAGUACGUAUUCCCAGGGAAAAGAGGAAGUCUGAAAAUUAUUCAGAACACAUCAUGAAACAAGGAAGUAUGAAAAAAUGCGGGAUAGAAAAAACAAAGAAGAUCAUGGCAAUGAGCCAUAACUGGGUUCAUAACUCGGAAACUUAUUGA